CUACCCAUCUUACGUUCUCUGGCUAGGGCGUGUAAAUUACACUGGCAGAAGACAAAUUAACAACAGAACACCAACCAGGUUUUAUUAACAUGUAUUGAGCAUGCACAUGGAAACACUCACUGAUGAAUGAAGACCCUCCACCUGACUUACAUAGGACUAUAGGCUCCUUAGGUGUUUCCUGGUUUUGUUUUCAUGCUUGUCUGGACUCACCCAAUAGACAUGUGAAAACAAACAUUUCCCCAUGUGCCUGCAGAGUAACAUGCAUGGCAUGGUGCCAGGAGUGAAAGGAAAGCUUUGCCGCCUUAGAGCCAGUCCUCAUAGUAAGCAGAGGUAGGCUGGCUCAUUGUUUCUGGGAGUGGGAGAAGGCUUAUUAAUGGCCCCAGAGAAACUUUUUCACUUGGGCGCAGGCUUAGACUCCAAAAGGGGACUGUGACAGGUAAGGGAGGAGUUUGGGGGCAGGGGGCCUGUGCAGAUUGGAAUUUUCCCUGAGAACUACUAACUCUUGAGUGACUGUGGUUCCCUUGCUCUGAGCUCCAUGAGUCAAGAUUCACUGUUGACUAGAUGAGAAGCUUCUGGGAAGAUGAUGUACUGAUCCCAUUCUUACUUCUGGAAGUAACCUCUGUGACCUUAAAGGACUGACAACUGAGUGGGAAUUAAAUAGCCUACCAGGUUCCUUUCUCCUGGAGAUGAGGGAGGAGUUGGGGAUCUGAAUUCCCCAUUCCUAGGGCACAGAUAUUGGAGGGACAUGGCCCUGCUGUGUGCAGGGUCAGGAAGGUGUUUGUCUUCCUCUGACAGAUUCUGAAUCCUUCAUAGGCCAGAGUAAACACAGGUGUGAAGGAACCAAUUGCCAUGGAAGCCGGGGAGCUGGAGAGCCCCCAACCCACGUACCAUCUUAUUCCUAAGGCCGGCCAGCCCAGGGAGGAGGAAGAUGUCAGCAUGCUACCUCAGCAGUCCGCAGAAGCUAUGCAGCUGAAGAAAGAGAUCUCUCUGCUGAAUGGGAUCAGCCUGGUGGUGGGCAACAUGAUUGGCUCAGGAAUCUUCGUCUCACCCAAGGGCGUGCUGGUCUACACUGCUUCCUAUGGGUUGUCACUGGUCGUAUGGGCCAUUGGUGGGCUUUUCUCGGUUGUGGGUGCCCUUUGCUAUGCCGAACUGGGGACCACCAUCACCAAGUCUGGGGCCAGCUAUGCUUAUAUUCUUGAGGCCUUUGGAGGCUUCAUUGCCUUUAUCCGCCUCUGGGCCUCUCUGCUAAUUGUUGAGCCCACCAGUCAGGCCAUCAUUGCUAUCACCUUUGCCAACUAUAUCAUCCAGCCCUCCUUUCCCACCUGUGAGCCCCCGUACCUGGCCUGCCGUCUCCUCGCUGCAGCCUGCAUGUGUCUGCUGACAUUUGUGAACUGUGCCUAUGUCAAGUGGGGCACACGUGUGCAGGACACAUUCACUUAUGCCAAGGUCCUGGCACUCAUUGCCAUCAUUGUCAUGGGCCUUGUUAAACUGUGCCAGGGACACUCUGAGCACUUUCAGGACGCCUUUGAGGGUUCCUCCUGGGACAUGGGAGAUCUCUCUCUCGCCCUCUACUCUGCCCUCUUCUCUUACUCAGGUUGGGACACCCUUAAUUUUGUAACAGAAGAAAUCAAAAACCCAGAAAGAAAUUUGCCUCUGGCCAUUGGGAUUUCUAUGCCAAUCGUGACACUCAUCUACAUCCUGACCAAUGUGGCCUAUUACACAGUGCUGAGCAUUUCAGAUGUCCUUGGCAGCGAUGCCGUGGCUGUGACAUUUGCUGACCAGACAUUUGGCAUGUUCAGCUGGACCAUUCCCAUUGCUGUUGCCCUGUCCUGCUUUGGGGGCCUCAACGCAUCUAUCUUUGCUUCAUCAAGGUUGUUCUUUGUAGGAUCCCGUGAGGGCCACCUUCCUGACCUUCUGUCCAUGAUCCACAUUGAGCGUUUUACACCCAUCCCUGCUUUACUAUUCAAUUGCACCAUGACACUCAUCUACCUCACUGUGGAGGAUGUUUUCCUGCUUAUCAACUACUUCAGCUUUAGCUAUUGGUUCUUUGUGGGCCUCUCUGUUGCUGGACAGCUCUACCUUCGCUGGAAGGAGCCCGAGUGGCCCCGGCCUCUCAAGCUGAGCCUGUUUUUUCCCAUCGUGUUCUGCAUAUGUUCCUUGUUUCUUGUGAUUGUGCCCCUCUUCAGUGAUACCAUCAAUUCCCUCAUUGGCAUCGGUAUUGCCCUCUCUGGGGUCCCUGUCUACUUCCUGGGUGUUUAUCUGCCAGAGUCCCGAAGGCCACUCUUUAUUCGGAAUGUCCUUGCUGCUAUCACCAAAGUCACCCAGAAGCUUUGCUUUUGCGUCCUGACUGAGCUAGAUGUAGCUGAAGAGAGACGGGUUGAGAGGAAAACUGAGUAGAGGCCAGAGGAGAUAUCCCCUGAGGCCUGGAAAUUUGCUACUUGUGGCCACAGCCACCAAAGUCCAGAUGACAAGACUCUGUGGAUCCAACCCUGUUGUGCCAAAGGGGGGCUGUUGGCCCACAUUAUGUAAGGGGGCUCAGGGCUGAUGGCCUGCUCAGGUGGUCACUCUCAUGGCUAAGCUGUGGGAGGAGUCUCAGGGUCUGGGGCCAGCCUGAAGGUGGGGACUUCAGAGGGAGGUGGUGGGAGAGGGCUUGGGGAAUAGGGGAAUGAUUGUCUGGUUUUGUUCCUAGUGAGUGAGUGCAGCCCUUACACAUAUAUAUUUGGUGAGUUGCACUGGGGAAAGAGGGAGUGCCAGUUUAAUAGCUAUGGCUGGUGGAUUCUGAAUUCUUAUUUGACGUUUGAACCAGGAGUCUCUACAAAGGGGCUGCUUUGUGGUAAGUUUUCCUCUGACCAGGUCCAAGACCCAGAAAUGGUCUCUGACCAGAAAUGACCAUUUCUUCCUCUGGCUCAAAAUCUUUUGCUGGAGAAAAGGGUUGUAUUCUGUUAUUUAUUGAUGUUAUUUAAUCCAGAAAACCAAUUCUAGCAAAGUAUUGGUGUUCUUUCCAUCUGCAGGAUGCAAUAUAGGCUGAUUGUGUUUAAAAAUUCAAAGCACCCCAAACCAACUCCCUCCCACCUAAUAGGCAUCUGGUGGUGGGUCACACUCUUGACCAUAGAUUUUUUUUUGCUCGGUUUUAACACAGUCUUCUGUUGAGUCUUAUCUGCAGAAGUGAACUUUAAAGGUUUUUUUAUUCAUGUACUGGUUACAUUUUAGUAUAUAGAUAGGUCACCUGUUACAAGUACCUGCUUCAAGUUCAGCAAGGACAGAUGAGCAAUUAAGAUGUCUAGUAGUAUUGCUACUUGGAAAGAUAAUCUUUUAUGUGAGACCUUAGGUCUUUGUUCUAGUUGACAAAAAGCAAAUCCCCGGGUUUCUGGUGUGAACUUAGGAGGGCAGAAACUGCUCUAAGAUUCAGGUGAAUCACUUGAAUUCUUUCAGCUGUCAAUGGCUUAGAGAACAUCUCUUGGACCCAAGCCAACAAGUAGCUUGUUCCUCUCUGUAAGGGCCAGUAUGAGGGGCUGCUGUGCGGACCCAUGAAGCCCACUUUGGUGCUAGAAGUGGUCAUUUUUUUCCUGAAAACCUCACACCAGGCUGCAUCCUCUUCUAUCCCUGGUACCAGGCUUUGUUUACACACUGAGCCACCUUGAUGUGCAUCUUCGGGAUAGUGUGCUCCUCUCCUGCUGCCCCCUUGCCUGAGGUCUGGUGGGGCUGCAGUCUCAGGAAGAGCUUGGUACUUUGUGGGGACUUCUGUCUUCUCCUUGUGGAGAUUAGUGAAGACUGUGAAUAAAGCUGCUUCAGCCUCCAUUUGGCUCUUCAUCGGACUAUAUGAUCAGAAGCAAAGAACUCUGGUGCUCAAGCUGUGCUUUAGCAGUCAGUUCAGGCCAGAGAAGUAGCUUUGGCCUCAUCGAUGUUCCCUCAUGGGCAGCAUGGCUGCACUGGAUUGGACAACUGUCCUGGGAUGUUCGAGCCACUGUCAUCCAGGACCCAGAAGAACCUGCUGGUUUGGUAUGCCCCAUGGGCUUCUUCUUAGGUUUUGAAAUUGGUCAAUGAUAAAGACGAGAGCCAUUUUUCUCCAGCAGUCUGGCCCCAGCUACAGACAAGGAAUAGGCUUGGUCAUACUUGCUCAAUAAAGGCAAUUUAGGGGAGCAUGGUCACAGCUGCUUGUGGUCCAGGGCCCGCGUCUGUGAGAACGUGGGAGUACAUUCCUACUGUCAUGGGUUGGGGAUUUGCCUGACAACAGGGGGUCUUGUGCAAAGGCUGACUUGUCCAGACUAUAUAAACAUGACUCCUGUCUGACCCAGACUGGCAGCUCUCCCGGGGAUCCUCUGGAGUUAAUCCUUCAAGCAGAGUGCUUCAAGGAUCCUUGUCCCAGGCUUUAGUUUUCUCCACUGAAGUAAAUGACCAGCUAAUCUCAGGAAGUUGUUGUUUCCCAGUGGCUCCUGGGGAAAGCAAGGGCCUCACACUCUAGGUACCCUAGUACUUGCUUUAGUGAGCCAUGUCACCCUCCUCUCAUUACUGGAUGGUGACUGCAUUCUCCCCCUCUGUGCUGGAUACAGACUUCUCCUAGGAACUCUUCGAGGGAGGGAAGCCAGAGGUCCCCUACAGCACUCUCAAGCUUUAUAGUGGAAUUAAUUUCUGUGAGAUUUUUGUUGUCUCCUUCAAUCCUUCUCCUGGUGUGCUAAUCCUUUUUGCAGUGAGUACAGUUUAUGAAGUUGUCAGCCCUUUAAUGUUGGCAAACUUUAAUGAGUACAUAAACAGCAGUGAGCACAUUAUAAUGGCAGAGUGGUUUUCAAUCCUUUGUUUCUUUGCUCACAGGAGACAGAGAUAGCUAUUAGAUGUGUAAGUUGCUGCUCAUUACUUGCAACACGGAACUGCACCUUAGCAGAUAGCUAGGAUGGGAAACCAGGUCUGUUUGAUGGCUUUAUAACUACAGUAGUAGGGCCCGAGUAUAUGCACAAAUAGAAAUUAAUCACUUUGGGUGGUUUAACAACUAGGUAGAUAAAAAUAUAGAGACAUAUAAAAAACAUAAAGUGAGAUGGGUGGAGGUAGGAUAGAAAAGCAGAGAUGCUUAUGAAAUCUUAGAAUGGCAGGAAGACAGCUCUCUGUGUAAUUUAUUUUCCCGUGUGAUAAUAAGUCCAUGCUUCCGGGCAAAGGGGCACACUUUGAUGAAUCAAAAGUUCUAGUAUUGUUUCCCUAGGCCUGUGCUAUCCAGAGUGGUAGCUACUAGUCACAUGUAGCUAGUUAAGUUAAAGUUAAAUAAAAUAAAAAAUUGAGAAAAAAAAAUUCAGUUCCUCAGUUGCACUAAUCACAUUUUAAAUAUUCAAGAGCCGUAUGUAGCUAAUGGCUCUUUCGCAGUGCAGAUAUAGAACAUGUUUGUCAUUGCAGAAUAAAUGCCAAUUCAAGUAAGAGUUAAGGCAUUGGUGGUUUGGAGAGGAGGAGGGGACAGAGUUUGCUUACAAGAGAUACCAGCUUUGGUAACAAAAUUGGUCUUGUUGAUGGUAGUUUGUUUUCAGUGAGUGCUGCGAAUAAACAUUUCUCAAUGGAAA